AUGUCGUUGAGCGUCCCUUGUAGGCUGUUUUUCACGACUCUCUGCGUAAGAAAAAGUCGCCCGCGACCUAGCCAUCUCUAUGCAGAGAUGCCGAAAGCGGGAAGCAAAACCCAUUUUUCUUUUCUUCUUAGGGGAAAUAUCCUUCUUUUCCGUUCAUUCGUUCACGCCGUUGCUUGGCAGUCGUCUGUCUAUCUAUCCCCACCGUCUCUGCCUGCUUCCCGGUGGACUCCGUCUGCGACCGACUAUCGUGACCUUUUUCUUUUCCUCUCUUUCUCACCCCCUCCCCUCGUUCUCCAUUUCCAUUCUAGCGGGGCCACAACAAAGCCCGUGGCGCAGGCCGCAUCAACGGCCGCGCUGCACGAGAGUGCUGUCUGUGAAACAAUAAACAAAUAA